AUGGCGGAGGAAAAUCAAGUCAUCGGCUGCCACACUACUCAGGCCUGGGAAGAGCAGCUCCAUAAGGGAAACGAGAGCAAGAAACUGGUGGUGGUGGAUUUCACGGCUACGUGGUGUGGACCGUGCCGGAUGAUCGCCCCAAUCUUGGCGGAGUUGGCUAAGAAGACCCCAGAAGUGACGUUCCUUAAGGUGGACGUGGAUGAACUGAGGACUGUUUCCGAGGAGUGGGGUGUGGAGGCAAUGCCUACCUUCCUCUUCCUCAAGGAAGGCAAGAUAGUGGACAAGGUUGUGGGUGCCAAGAAAGACGAGUUACAGAUCAAAGUUGCCAAGCAUGCCACCGCUGACUCCGCCACCUCUGCUUCUGCCACCGCUGCUACUGCUACUGCUACCGCCUCUGCUUAA